AUGGAAACUGGUCGUAAGCGUGCUUCUUUGGCAUGCAACUAUUGUCGCAGGCGGAAACGUCGCUGCAAUGGUGCGAUACCCUCCUGUAGCCUCUGUGAGGAUUCAGGUAUUGAUUGUGUUUAUAAUGAAGCUGAUACUGCGAGGCCUCGAGGGGAAACUUCCUCUUCGGAGUUCUUUCGCCGUCUCGAUGCAAUUGAGAACUUCUUAUGGAGUCAUCCGAGACUCCCUCAAACACCCCAGACUGGUGAAAGAAGGAGUGGUGAUUUCACACUCCCGCCGUCAUCUGAGAAUGAAAGAGCGGACUUUUCUCAUCCUUCUACCAUGUUGAUUUCGUCUCCGUCAAGACCAAACCCGGCGGAUAUCUCCCAGCUUAUAAGUACAAUUACAGCGAGUCAGUUGCCAAUCCUCAAUGAAACGAGCACUUAUCCACUAGUGGAGGCGUAUUUCAAACACGUCCAUGUUGAGAUGCCAAUCCUUGACAAAGACCAAUUCUUGGGGCUUUACGAUCACCAUAUUAGGGCCGGUCUGAGCGUUGACUGUGACUCUGCACUAUGCCUUGCAGUUCUUGCAUUAGGCUCUGCAGCUCUCGAGCAGGUUGACCCGAUAAAGUCCAAGUCUCCAUACUGGGUGCCUGGGGCAGACUUCAUUUCACCUGCGUUGCAGAUAUUGAUGAAUGAAUAUUUACUUUCAUUUUGUCCCACAAUCACUCUCCCCCAGAGUUUGAUACUCAUUUCGAAAUAUUUUGGGUUUCUUUUACGCCCUCUGCAAUCAUGGAAACUGGUCCACAUGGCUUCCACCAGUAUCCAGUAUUUAAAUAGCCGAAGCCAAGCUUCGGCAGAUAAUCAUGACCUCAAAUCCAGCAUUAUUCUGCUAUCGUGGGCAGCGUUCGACACCGAGUGUGAUCUGAUAGCUGAACACCAUUUACCACGAAGCGGUAUCGAACAUGUAAUUGAUCUGACACCUUUUCCAACCUUUGCAAAUAACGACGCCAAAGAAACACACGUCUUCCUCGCCGAACUAUCCAUUCGUCGCCUACUAAAUAGAGUACACCACACUAUGUACGGAAGUGACUGGACAAGGCGCAGCCUCGGUCUACAGCCAGUCUCAAGCGACAGUCCCUCUUAUGACUUCCAAUCGCUCUCUGCGAUCCUGAAUGUCUCCCAAGAGCUUGCCCGGCAGCUCGACAAUUGGUUUGACUUAUUACCGCGAACAAUUAAACCAGAUAUGAACGAUCCGUCACGAUGUACUGGCCUUCAACUCAAUAUGCUCCACCGCUUCCACUCCGCCAAGGAUAUCAUAACUAGACCAUUUCUUCUUUGUGCAAUUGACUCAUCACCCGAGAAUGAUGUUCCCCCUAUGGUACUCAAACAGUGCGAGUCCAGCAUAGCCAAUUGUCGAACGUAUCUGGAUGCCUCAACGCGGAGACUGGUGGGCCCGUCAUUUUGCGCAGAAAUCAUUAUUCAUACGAUGUUUUCUUCUAUUCUUCUCCUGACCCUAGGCUCUGUUUGUCCAGCUUUGGCCCACUUAGUACCGGAUAUUGAUACUUUGCAGAAGAACACGAUAGAAACCAUCGAGCGAUUUGCCGUGGAAGGCUCUUUGAUGCAGGAGAUUCAUGGGAUCAUUGUGUUAUUACAUAGUAAAACACGAGUUCUCAGGCGGGCUAUGUAG